CUCACAAAUUCACUGCGGCAGACAUAUCAUACAAUAAAACUGUUCCAUCUGAGCUUGGGAGGAGGCUGAAGCUUCCCCUGCUCAAGCAAAUGUUUUCAAUAAUAGAAUUCAUAAAAAGACAGAUGGGAGUAGAAAAUGUUGCAAUGAAGAAUCUGGAAUGAGAUGAGAUCACAGCAUCGGCCUGUCUUUUGUGGACCUGGACAAUGAUCACAGAGGCAGAUUGGAUUAGGGAAACCUCUUGACUGGAAGUUCAGAGCAGUCGCCAGAUAAAGGACACGCUUCAGGGAGAGACGGCUGAAAUAAAAUGCAUCAGAUUUACAGCUGCAGCGAUGAAAAUUUAGAAGUUUUCACCACUGUGAUUUCAUCCAAAGUGUCCAGUCCAGCCAGAAGAAAAGUCAAAAUCUCACAACAUCUUUUGACCAAAAGCGUGGUAGCAGUGACUGAUUAUCACAUUCAUGGGCCUCUAGAGCUUCUGCCCCACAGGAAUGAUCGACUUCAGGUCCUUUGCAGAGAAAGUGAAGAAAGGAGGUUUGGCCGCCUCCAGAAUGGGCAACAUGGACAGCCCCUGUCCAAAACCAUGACCAGACAUGUGGGAAUUUCUGAACCCAAACCAUUAAUUUUGUGUGGGAAUCGAGCAUAUGGAAAAUCUCUGAUAUCCCAGACCUCACUGCCCAGGAUCACCAUGAAACAACCUCCUGUGAAUGAAGUAAUAGCAACAGAAGAAAAUGACCAAACUCUGACAAAGGAACCUAGAAGACUGGCCAGGAAGAUGCCUGAAGAUGAUCCAGCCUUUUCCCAGGGAGCAGAAGCCUCCGUACCACUGACAGGCAGAACUAGCUGUGGCACUCCCAAUAUCCUUCGGAAAAUGUGGAUGAAGCACAAAAAGAAAUCAGAAUACUUGGGAGCCACAAAUUGCGCCUUUGAGGCAGACUGAAAGGUGAUCUUUCCUCCUGGAGCUGCUGAGUUCUCCAAAUUUGGGAUUGCUUUUGCAAUGGCAAUGGUCCUUUCCAGCUCCAAAUACUAAGAUCCCCAAUAAUACAAUAAUUCAAGGUAUUGAGUCACACCCUCCUCUCCUAGUGGAUAAUUCAAAACAUACCAUUAUUCCUCCCUUUUCACAAAUAUGCCUCCCUUGAGAUAGAGGAACAGAAUUUACCCCAAAGACAAGAUAUUUCUUCUUAGAAGCAGUCACAAAUUAAAAAAAAAAAUUGACUUGAUGUGUAUUCUAUCCAUGUGUUUUCUAGCACAAUUUUCAUGCAAACUCCUUUCUGUUUUCAAAGACCUUCAUAGGAGGUCUUCUCUUCUCUAGUCUAUCAUCUAUACAAUAAGAGGGUUGGGUUAGAUCAAGAGUCCUUAGUCUGAGGUCUUUGACCUUUUUAAAAUAAAUACAUAUAUUUUGAUAAAUAUAUUUCAACAUUUUCAGUUUCCUUUGUAAUUCUAUGUAUUUUAUUUUAUGAGCAGCUAGGUGGUAUAAUGCCUACUAUGGUCAAAUCAUCUUGACCUGCCUCAGUUUCCUUAUCUGUAAAAUGAGCAGGACAAGGAAAUGGCAAACUAAUCCAGUAUCUUCACCAAGAAAACCCCAAAUGGGGUCACAAAAAAUCAAGACAACUAAAAAUGACUCAACAACAAUAAUAUUCAGAGGUAUCCAUUGCUUUUAUGAGCUACCAAAAGGAACCUUGACACAAAAUAAGUAAUGAUAAAAUAACCCCAGGAUUAGAUGAUUGAGUUCUAAGGUCCUUAACUUCUCUCUGCUCUGUUAAAACUGCUCCUGACUCUGAUGUCAUUAUAAGAGAUGGAUGUUGAGUCACCAGUGAAGCACAAUGGUCCUUUCUAUGCCUCUUACCACAUUCACUUGUUUAUUGAAUUCUUUUUAAUGAGUAUUCAUAACUGGUAUGAUAAAGUACCAAAAGAUAUUCCUUUAUUAAUUCCAAUAUCAGCUUCAGUCUGCCAUCAAGAUAUUUCUGUCAGGACUUUGGAAUCAUGGUAUGUGUGAAUCCUUAAUUCUUUUAUGUGUAAGACAUUCUGGAAGAAUGACUAAGAAAUAUGUGCUAUUCCAAAGUAUCACAGUCUAGUAGAAAAAAAAAUCUUAUAUUUAUAUAGAGCUUUUAACUUUCCAAAGUGUUUUCAUAUACAUUAUUUCAUUUCAUCCACUCCUAAUUCUUUAGGCAGGAAGGAUGAGUCUUAAUAUCCCUGUUUUACAGAUGGGAAAACUGAGGCAUAAAGUUUAUUUAAAUGACUUACUUGUCCACAAUCGAACAGCAAUUCAGUCACCUAUCAAUCAGCAAUUUACUCAUCUAAUGGAACUUGAAACCAGUCCCCAAUAUUCUUUUCUUGAUAUCAUGCUAUCAUGUCUUUGUCUAAGCUCUAUAACCUAAUUGUAUAUAUGACCUUGGUCCUGUCAUUGGCUGUGCGUGUGUGUGUGUGUGUGUGUGUGU